AUGUCGGGCGAAUCGAGAACGUCGACGACUCUGAGUCGCGCCACCCCCGUUGAAAAGCCAACAAAGCCUCUCAUCAUCCUCUGCGAUGGGACCUGGUGUGGUCGAGAGACAAAUACAAGGACGAACAUUUACAAACUUGCCGAAAUGGUUGGGGUUAAUUCCCUCGACAAGCUGGAAGGGGUUCGGUACGCUGAAGGCGUGGGGCUCGGUAGUUCAUUUGCAGAUAGUUACAUCUUCAACGGGGUUACAGCGCAGGAGAUUGCCCACCAAUGCAUCGAGACCUAUCAAUUCAUUGUCGAAAAUUAUACAUACCCCCGCCACGAAAUCUGGAUAUUCGGCCUCUCGAGGGGUGCGUACCUGGCAAGAGCGGUUGCAGGCAUGAUCAACAACUGCGGAAUAGUCCGACCGGUAAAGGUGGACGGGGCCAUCGACGCGCAGCAAACCCACUUACUUUGCGAGGCGGUAUACAAUAUCUAUCGUUCGCCCUAUGAUAUCAACAAGCCACACUCUCCCCAAUCACUGCGAUUCAGGCAGUCAAAGUCAUGGCCCCUUAUUGGUGAUGAAGAUCCGGACGACUCCAACGCUCCAAGAUUCAUUCCACCGAUCAAAUUCAUGGGCCUCUUCGACACGGUCGGCAGCCUGGGCAUACCGGCAUUCACUGGAGGUGUGGGCCUGGAUUGGCCGACCUUCUACAAUCAAAACGUUUCUACCGUCGUCCAGAAUGUCUACCAUGCCGUAUCGCUGCACGACCGGCUCUUUAUCUUCCAAGCUUGCCUUGUCUCUCGCGAUGAAAGGAUCCACAGUGCGCAGGGUUGGAAAGACUUCGGUGUCACACGGCAAGAGUGGCUUCCAGGUGUGCACUAUGACCUCGGUCGCCAGAGGUUCCGAUUUCUCCGGGAGUUCGGGGGUGGGAGACUGGAGACAUUACUGGCGAACUGGAAUCUCGCAAGCAAAGUCAUCGAGCCGAACCAUGUUCUUGCAGACUUUGCCCUACGGUGGAUGUUGCUCGCCGUUCGCGCCCACAAUACCCAGUCGCAGGCCGGGUAUCAGGUCAUACCGGGGAUCGACGGAUUGAUCGAUCAGGUCACCAGGAAUAUUCGAGUGAGAGCUCACGAGCCUGGGAGAGUAGGGAGUGGAGACGUGUAUGGGAACAUUAUUAACUACGUUCCUUUCGGAUCAUUGGUCUUGAAUCUCAUGAGAAUGCUGGGAGGCACCAGGGGCAAGGUCUUCGCUCUCUACCAGCUCUUUUUGGACCUUCGAGAUCGUCUUAUCCCGGAUGACAAGGCGGUCGUAUACAAUUUUCGUCGGUUUGAUUCGGAUAUCGAGGCGUGUAUAGAGGACAUUGGAAGCGUUUGUGAGAAAAGGUAUCCGUCUAAAGCAUAUAUGAAAUGGAACUUGAGGCAGUAGUGUGGAGCAGCAGAAAUCGAGUUGAAGCGGCAAGCUUUAAAAUACUUACCUCCUAGUUGCCCGCGUUUGAUAGAUAGAUUAGUUAUAGCUCUGCGGAUCGGAAGCCAAGCUAUCCACCACACCUUAUAGUCGUUUUUACUUGCGUCCCAUGCGGCAGGAAUUGUGGAGAGGAUGUGCCAGCCCCAGUAUCA